GCCUCAUUGUCUCAUCGGUCUGUAUUUAUUCCCCUAUUUUUCAUUCCACCACUCUAACUGUUGUUAAAUGUUCAUUUAUGUCUAUGCUGAUGGAGAAACUCUUGGUUUUCAUGGUGAUGCUUUCAUCAUGUUGCGCGCAUACCAGAGAUCUUUCUGGCAAAAUAUUUGUCUUCCCGAGAGAGACUUCCAAAGAUCAUGUGAGAUUGAUGACACCCAAAUCAUCGUUCAGUGCAGUGACUGUCUGUCUCAGAUUCCUCACAGAUCUCAGCAGGAACUAUGGCCUCUUCUCUCUGGCCACACCAGCGUUCAAAAAUGACUUUGUCAUCUUCAAGGUAAAGACGGACGUCAUGAGGGUUCACGUGCGGAACGGCGCCACAGACUUCCUGUCUCUGUCUUUUCCUCCCAACUCCUGGCACACCUUGUGCUCCACUUGGAACUCUGUAAACGGCAUCGGCCAGCUGUGGGUGGACGGCAAACCCACCAUAAAGAGAUUUAUCCACUCAGGACAGCCAAUUAGUGGCAAUCCCAUCGCCAUCCUGGGCCAAGAGCAGGACACUUACGGGGGAGGCUUUGACGCCGCUCAGUCCUUCAUCGGCAUGAUUUCUCGACUUCACAUGUGGGACUACGUCCUCUCACGUAAUGAGAUCCAACGCUAUGAGGAGGACUCAAACUUCACCCCUGGAAACGUAUUCAACUGGAGAGCCCUCGACUUUGAAAUCACUGGCAACAUUUUGGUGGAAGAUGAGGUCAAGUAGAAGCAGGCAAUAAUUGUCUUAUUGACAUCCUCUAAAGCAGUUUGGGUCCAAAGACCUCCUCAUAAUCCUGACACCAAUUAAGCAUAACUAACACUAAAUGCUAUAAGAUUUAGUUGCCUGUUUUUGACAAGUAAAAUGUUGUGAUUGAGAGGGGGGGGGGAAUUGCAUUGAUAUUAAAAUGGUCACAAGAAUGAAAAUGUAUUGUCAUGAUUGUUGCAAUCUUGUGAGGUUUUUGAAAAUACAAAAUUUCUUUCCUCAUUAAACUUGGACUUUAAUGUCA